AUGAUUUGGCUUCUGACAAUUAUUGACAAUUUAACUAGCACAUUACGUAUAUGUUCAACAUUUAAUGUAGAGAAAUUGUCAAUACAUAAAGCCAAGAUUUCAUUGGUGCGCGCUAAUGAUAUACUUCGAUUACCAUAUUCAAAAUUUCACACUUAUACAUUUAAAGAAACUCAAUUUUUAGCAGUUACUGCUUAUCAAAAUGAAAAGAUUACACAACUGAAAAUAGACAAUAACCCAUUCGCAAAAGGAUUUCGUGAAUCUGGUGGAGGUAGACGUGAUAAAAAACGACUAGAUAAUUUAAAGUAUCCUAAUCGACCUAUAAGUCAUAAUUGUGAUGAUCACAAGGAUGUACGUGAAAGUUAUGAAAGUCCAAUAAAUACAUCAUCUGAUACAGAAAAUGAACAUGAAUUCGAAGAUUUAGAAAUGCAUUUAUCGAAUCAAUUUGAUAAAGAUAAUCUAACUGUAAAUUCUACGAAAAAUUUAUUACCAUUACAUGUAAAUAGAACAGAGUUGAAAUCUGAUAAACACUAUACUAAACGUAUUGGUUCGAAGGGAUUAGGGGAUCUUGGCAGUCGAGGUGAAAAACUCCGUCGAACUAAUCAAUUUGAUCAUUUUUCUUCACAAAAUGAAACUAUACACAAAACAAAUUUCACAACGCAAAAUGAUCAUGGGAUUUAUUACCAUAAAGGAAUAGAUUCCAUACAAAAUUCUUCACCAUCAUUUUAUUGUCCGUCUACACUGAACAAUUUAUUUGCAUCUUGUCAAACUGAUUUAAGGCGUAACUCCUUAACACAUCUUCCUAGACUAGGUGAGAUUCCGCCGAAUGUAACAGUUAUACCAGAUGAAUCAGGUGGACGUUUUAAUAGUAUGUUAAACACUAAUGAAAAUUCAAAUUAUUUAUCACACUGUGAAGAUGGCAUAGACUCGCAUAAACUUGGAUUUUCUGUGAAAAAUCAGAAUACAGAUAAAAAUGAUCCUACCCAGAUUAGUAAGUUUCUGUCAGCUUGGACACAUCACUUUACAUCACAGUUGAUUCAGAAUCAAUUAAUGGAGCAAAAAAUUCCCCAACCAUCUUCAUCCAUUCCGACUUCAUUUCCAAUACCACCAAUAGGAUUGCCUAUAACUCGAAAUCCUCCUGGAACUUCAGCAAACCUCUCACAAACCUUUCGACAGUUUGAUAAUAUCUCACAUGGAAAUAUUUUCAAUGCAGUUAAUCCAAUAUCAAGUUAUGCUUCGAAUUUUGCUUUUUACAUGCAACAAUACCCUGAGUUUAUACCACAUAUUUUGUCACUUUUCUCUCAAAAUCCUUUUCAAACAGAUAGAAACAAUAGAUUUCAUGUAACUACUAUCACUACUCCAAGUGCAUGCUUGAACGACACUGUUGUUACAGCUAGAAAUAACUCAGCCACUAAAACUACGACCGCCACUCUUAAUACUACUACUACUACUACUACCACUAACACUAAUACUACUACUGGCACUACUAUUACUAAUACUACUAAUAAAAACAGCACCAAUAAUAGUGAUACUACUACUGCAACUGAAAACAGUAGUAUUAUCGAUGUUAUAGGUGGAGAAAAUGAUACGAUUUUAUUGAAUUCUAAAGUUAAUUCUGAACAACGAUCACCUGAUUUUUCAAUUUAUGCUUUAACCAGUCUACAAAAUUCUACAUCCCCAAAACCCAUAACCCGAUCUAUUUCGUUAUCACCGACUCCACGUAUCUUAAGGAAUCAAUCUCCUUCCGUAUAUUCAGUUGAACUAAAUGAUCAUCCACUUCAAAAUGCAGUUGGUGGUAAUCAUUCAGUUAGUAAAUCGCCUACAGAAAGAAACAAUAGUGAUAAUUGUAGCAAUAGUAACGACGAUUAA